AGGAUACACACAUACAUGUACACCCAAAAGACAGAUCUUCGGCUACGUCAGCGGCCGGCAGGUGGCUUACCGGCGCUCGGACUCCCCCUCCGCAGUGCCCCUCCGUCGUCCUCCGUGGCCGCUCCUGUUUCCUCUCCUCUGAAGCGAGCUGCCCGUUGGAGCGAGGUCGACGCCAUGGACAAGAGUCGGAAGAACCUCCUGUACCUGUUCGAGCUACCUCACGACCCCAUCAGCCUCCCUCGCGGCGGCGGCAAGAUCCACUUCGACCUCGAAAAUGACCUUUCGCGCCCCCCGGUGGUCGCCACGAGGCUUGGUGGCGGCGUCCCCGUGGAAACGACGCCCGUGCCCGAUCGCGAGGACGUCCUGCCGCAGAACCUGGGCACCGCCGCCUCCGUGCCCAUCGGCUCGCCCUUCUCCUUCUUCAUCAAGUCGCAUCGCCAGGCCGCCAAGGACCUGUGCGACGUCUUCAUGAGAACGAAGGGCGCCGAGGACCUCCUGCAGGUGGCGGCGCGCGUGCACGGCCAGGUGAACGAGACGCUGUUCAUCUACGCUCUCUCCUUCGUCAUCCUCAGAAAGAAGGAGCUUCGCAACGUCCGCCUGCCGAGCAUAAUUGAAGUGUUUCCCGGGAAGUUCAUCCCUCAAGAACAACUAAUGAAAGCGCAGUUGGAGGUCAACCGAACGGACCCGAAUCAGUCCGAGCCAGUUGUGGUGGAGCACGGACUCGAGUUCUCCGGGACGCACCUGAAACCCGAGCACCGUCUGGCCUACUGGAGGGAGGACUAUGGCAUCAACGCCCACCACUGGCACUGGCACCUCGUCUACCCUAUCGACAUGGGCGUCAACCGAGAUCGCAAGGGGGAACUGUUCUUCUACAUGCAUCAGCAGAUGGUCGCCAGGUACGACAUGGAGCGCCUCUCCCUGGGCCUCCCGAGGGUGCAGAAGCUCGAGAACUGGCGAGCUCCCAUCGAGGACGGAUACUUCCCGAAGCUCACCGUGAACAACUCCGGAAGAGCUUGGGGCUCGAGGCAGGACGAUACCGUGAUGCAGGACUUUCUGCGAAAUGACUUUGGUCUCGACUUCACCGACGUCACCGACCUGGAGAUCUGGCGUUCGAGACUCUUCGAUGCCAUUCACCAGGGGUUCAUGAUCGACCGCGCAGGCAAACGGGUUGUCCUCUCCGAUGACGUCACUUCCGGCAAGAGAGGCAUCGACAUCUUGGGCGACGCGCUGGAGGCCGACUCGAAUCUCAGCGUGAACUCGCCUUACUACGGUGACCUCCACAACAUGGGUCACGUCCUCAUUGCCUUUUCGCGACCCGACUUCGCCCAUAAGGAGGAAAUGGCCGUGAUGGGCGACACCUCCACCGCCAUGAGGGACCCAGUUUUCUACCGUUGGCACAAGUUCGUGGACGACACCUUCCAAGAGUACAAGUUGAUGCAAAGACCGUACACUGAGCAGGAUCUUAACCUUGCGGGCGUGAAGAUCGAGCGCGCGGGCGUGGUCAGGAACAACGAGGCGGACGUCCUCCACACGGGCUGGAACACGCGCCUCUUCGAAGCCAGUCGCGGGCUGGACUUCAACGGGCGGCCUGUCAUGGUGCGCCUCACACACCUCGACCACGAGCCCUUCAACUAUCACCUGCAGGUGAGCAACAGCGGACGUGGGGUCAAGGAAGUGACAGUGAGGGUGUUCCUGGCCCCGAAGCUCAACGCCCGAGGCCAAGAGAUGAGCUUCAUGGAACAGCGCAUUCUGUGGGCCGAGAUGGACAAAUUCACCGUCUCCUUGAAGCCAGGCAGCAACCACGUCGUGAGGUCAUCUAAGGACUCCUCCAUCACGAACGCCGAGGAACUGACCUUCAGGGACCUUGAGAACGCCAACAUCGAUCCAGCUUCUCCUGAGGCCACGGGUUUCAACUUCUGCGGCUGCGGGUGGCCUCAGCAUAUGCUCCUCCCCCGUGGCCGACCCGAGGGCAUGCCUUUCCAGCUCUUCUUCAUGCUCACCGACUAUGCCCAAGAUAAGGUGACCCAGCCAGCUGCCCGAGGGUGUGCCAACGGGGUAUCCUUCUGCGGGAUCCAGGACGCCAAGUACCCCGACACACGGCCCAUGGGCUUUCCGUUCGACCGCCGCCCACCGCCCACGCUCCUCGACCAGCCUGUCAACACCGCUGCAGACUAUGCGCGCCUCGAGAACGCUUUUAUUCAUGAGAUUAGCAUCAAGUUCCUGGCAGAGAGGCUGAACCGAGACUGAAUGGUUAAGUCUCCCUUCAAAUUGGGGUCCGUUUUCUUUGGUGCGGUCUUUGUAUGAGAGUUAGAAAUGACUAUUGUGUACAUUUCUUUUAUAUCUGUUUAAUAUUUGGAUUUUGGUACAUUGUUGUAUAAUAUAUUUUGUAUCUGCAGAUACAGAAAUACUAAAUGUUUUCAUUAUGUAUAAAAUGUGAAAACUGUGUUCCCUGUAAUACUGUAUUAUCUGUAAUAACUACUUACACAUAUCAGUAUUAGAUAGUUGUAUAUUUUAUUCAUUAUAAUCAUGAUAUUUGAACAGACGAAAUGCGUUUAAAUAAAUCUACAUUAAUGUUA